AUGACCUUAGACCUUCCUUGUAUUCGACUGACCACCUCCACUGUGAGGUCUUCGCGUUAUCUAUUGAACAAUCCAGCUACCAGGACUUGCAUUCUUGCUGAUCUUGGAAUUACUCGAAGUACCCGUGUCCUGGUAGAACAUGAUUCUCAGGGGUGUGUGAGCAUUCACCGGCUCUUUCCUUCUGGCGCUGUUGUUGAUACUAGGAAUAAUAUUGAAGAUAAUGAUGGUUUUGUGGCUUUACCUUCUAAUCCUAUCCAACCUGCUUCGACCUUCCAUCAAAGACUUUUCACUGGAAAUUUAUCGCCGAGGGGAGCGUAUGGACCUCAAGGGUCCUCAUCUGCUUCGCCCGUUCUCACUCUUCGGGAGUUGUGUUUUAAUCGCCUGAUGAAAUCUAUCCAGGUUAUUUGCCGAUUCGAAAUGGGAGCGUAUUGUAGCGAUCAUUUCAGCCCGGACAACCUAAAUAGACUCAGAGUCCUUUCGAAGCAACUCGCUUUAGCCUCCCUACCAGUACAAUUAUGUGGUGAAAUUAUUGACAAAUUGCGACGUAAUUAUCAACUGAAUGCC